UCAAGCGUCAGCCAGACACUUGGCCUCCAGGCAUGUGGGAAGGUGAGGGAGGAGGGAAAAAGGCUCUGCACCAAGACGGCAUCGCCGGAGCUCCCGCCACUGCUUCCGAGUGAAGACAUAGAGCGCUAGAGCUUUCUGCUUCCCCCUCUUCCCUCCUGGAGGCCAUUUCUCCACAUUUAACCGGGAUAAAGAGGGGGCACCGCGCCGAGUCAGAACAAGCCAGGAUCGCCAUCCCCCAACUGCCGACCCUGCUUCGGCCCCCGGCCCAGGCGGGGCGAACUGGCCUUGGGGGACGCUGAAGUUACUCGGAGAAAGAGGGAGGGUUCGCCAAGCUGCUCUCCAAUCGCCUUGGCAGUUCCAGUUAUUUGCAUCUAUUAUGCUAAUGAAAGACCUCCGGCUCAGCUCCCACCCGAGCGGCUCGCCCCUCUGGGGCUCUCCCCGGCCCCGCCCACGGGCUGGGCGAAGGUGAAUAUAUUAUGCUAAUAAGGCGGGCUUCUGCCUGCCUCGGGAAGGGGGGCGCACUGCCGCGGGAGCCGCGGGCUGCAGGCCGCUCGCCGGGAGUGGGUCGGGGGAGGGACGCCGCUCGUCGGAGCGCGCGCGCACUCAUACACGAGCAUCCCGAAGGGUAUUUAAGGCUCGCACACGCCGGGCUGCGGAGAUACUUCGGGCGGCCGCCACUGGCGCCUCACCACCCGCGUUUUCUCCUUGGGUAUUUCUUUCUCCUCUCUGCUCUUCCCCACUUGGCCACCCUUUUUGCACUGCGCUCUCGCGGUCUGUCUCAGCCUUUUUGCCUGGAACUGAAUCUAGGUGGGAAACGGAGAUAAAACACCGAAUAGGUAGUAACGAGGCAAACUAACAGAGGCGCAACAGGUCCGGUGCUCUGUGGCCAGGGUCAGCGGCGGCCCCUCGCAGCGCCUCUGCCGCUGUCCCCGGGACCCCGCGCGGCCGCUCUCUUCAGAGGAGGUCCCGGUCCUCGGAGGGGCCAGGAGGGACACCGGGGGGUGGGUUUCACUCUGGAUUUUACCUUAACGCCACCGGUCCGCGGACCGAGGGUGCUUUUGCCUCGCAGCUGGGAGGGGAGAAGAAAGCGGAGGAUGGUCCAGGUCUGCGGUUCUCGGCGCUGAUCCAUCCUUGCGCUCCGGCUCCGACUCCGCCAACUAGUUGUGCAGCCAUCGGGACGGAACUUUGCAGGAAUCAUCCUUUUUCUUUUAAGAUUAUUGGAAGUGCUAGAGGGUGGGAGGCGAAGCCAAGACAGCCGACCUCGCCACGAUGCUGGUGAAGAAGCAAGCGGUGAAAGGAGGGGGCCGGGAUCCGGGCUCAGAGGACCGGAGCCCAGCCGGGCAGCCGUGUGCCCGCCCCGUGUCCCUGUGCGCGGCCCUGGCCACCCUCCUGUCGGUGGUGGCCGUGAUGUCUUGUCUGUACCUGGGGGUGAAAACCAACGACCUCCAGGCGAGGAUCGCUGCCCUCGAGUCUGCCAAAGGAGACCCUUCCAUCCGUCUGCUGCCUGAUUGUGUGGAUCAGCUCAAAGCAAUGGUGCAAGAGAAAGUGGAGCGACUUCUGGCUCAGAAGUCCUAUGAACACAUGGCUAAAAUAAGAAUCGCGAGAGAAGCGCCUUCAGAAUGCAAUUGCCCGGCAGGUCCUCCAGGGAAACGGGGUAAAAGGGGCCGAAGAGGAGAAUCUGGUCCUCCUGGUCAGCCGGGUCCUCAGGGCCCUCCUGGUCUAAAAGGUGAUAAGGGAGAACAGGGCGAUCAGGGACCUCGGAUGGUGUUUCCUAAAAUCAAUCAUGGGUUUCUCUCUGCUGAUCAGCAGCUCAUUAAACGCCGCCUGAUUAAGGGUGACCAAGGUCAGGCUGGGCCGCCAGGCCCGCCAGGCCCCCCGGGCCCAAGAGGGCCGCCUGGGGACACAGGGAAGGAUGGCCCCCGUGGAAUGCCAGGCGUGCCCGGUGAACCAGGGAAACCAGGAGAACAAGGCUUGAUGGGUCCUCUGGGGCCUCCAGGACAAAAGGGUUCUGUUGGAGUACCUGGAAUUCCAGGGAUGAAUGGACAAAAAGGUGAACCCGGGUUACCUGGAGCAGUAGGACAGAAUGGAAUACCAGGGCUAAAGGGAGAACCUGGAGAACAAGGAUUAAAGGGAGAUGCUGGAGAGAAUGGCCCCAAAGGUGACACAGGCGAAAAGGGUGACCCUGGAUCGUCUGCUGCAGGAAUUAAGGGAGAACCCGGAGAAUCUGGUCGUCCAGGGCAAAAGGGUGAACCAGGGCUUCCUGGGCUUCCUGGACUUCCGGGGAUAAAGGGAGAACCAGGUUUCAUUGGUCCUCAAGGAGAACCAGGCUUACCAGGGUUACCAGGAACAAAGGGUGAACGUGGGGAGGCAGGGCCUCCUGGACGAGGGGACCGAGGGGAGCCUGGAGCCCCUGGACCAAAGGGGAAACAAGGGGAAUCAGGAACUAGAGGCCCGAAAGGGUCAAAGGGCGAUCGCGGAGACAAAGGGGACUCUGGAGCCCUGGGACCAAGGGGUCCACCUGGUCAGAAGGGAGAUCCAGGAGCCACGGAGAUCAUAGACUACAAUGGCAACCUCCACGAAGCCUUGCAGAGGAUUACCACCUUAACAGUCACGGGUCCCCCUGGACCACCUGGACCUCAAGGACUACAAGGGCCAAAGGGAGAGCCAGGAUCCCCGGGAGUCCCAGGAGUUGAUGGAGAGCAGGGACUCAAAGGCUCAAAGGGAGACAUGGGGGACCCAGGUAUGCCAGGUGAAAAAGGAGGAAUUGGACUUCCUGGACUACCGGGUGCCAACGGAAUGAAAGGAGAAAAAGGAGACUCGGGAUUGCCAGGUCCACAGGGCCCUUCCGUCAUAGGCCCACCAGGCCCACCAGGUCCCCAUGGUCCACCAGGCCCCAUGGGACCCCAUGGACUUCCUGGACCAAAGGGUGAACCAGGGUUAAAUGGUGUUAAAGGAUUGAAGGGUGAAGCAGGUCAAAAGGGUGACAGAGGACCCCUUGGUCUUCCAGGAGCAUCUGGCUUAGACGGAAAGCCAGGAGCCCGGGGUUCAGAUGGCCCUAUGGGACCCCAUGGCCCUGCAGGUCCCAAAGGAGAAAGAGGUGAAAAAGGAGCUAUGGGAGAGCCGGGACCCCGAGGGCCGUACGGUCUGCCCGGGAAAGAUGGAGAGCCUGGUCUUGAUGGUUUCCCUGGUCCACGAGGCGAGAAGGGUGACCUGGGAGAAAAGGGGGAAAAGGGGGAAAAGGGAAAGAAAGGCAAAAAGGGGCCUAAAGGGGAGAAAGGAGAACAGGGUGCUCCUGGAUUAGAUGCACCGUGCCCGUUGGGGCCAGAUGGAUUACCCAUGCCUGGCUGUUGGCAAAAGGGGGUUACACCGUGGCUUAUUGCCAAAAAGUGAUAAGGUGGCGGAGAGCACACACACAAAUGGUCUUGUAUUUUACGGGCGCUGCGGUCCCAGCUACGGAUCUUCAGCUUCCAGUAUUGUGGGCUCACGUGGCCUCCUUGGUUAAAACGUCCAGGGGCCGAGCUGGUUGCUGACACCAGUUUUCCUUGGGCUCCCCUUGGCAGUGAAGACAAGGAGAGAGGAUUGGUUCAGCCUCCUGCGCUGUCUCUCGUGUGACCAAGUAGAAAAGAGGUUUACAAAAAGGCAGGCACCCAGAAUAGUGGACUUUUAUUUUUUAAAUAAACCAAAUUCCAGCAAGUGCUAAAAUGGGUGCAUUUGGAAAAUAACAGAGGCAUACAGCACUUCUUUGGGGUAGGAGGUUCUUGUAAUGGCAGUCCCUGUUCCUGAAGACAAAGCAUGUGUGUACAUCUCACGAAAGCUUGGGUUGCUGAAGAAAUAACAAAUCCCAGGAAAGGGGUGGAUGAGACAACCCUUCCUGAAGAUGUGGGAGAGUUCACCCUGCAUUACCUACAGAAGCUGGUGUGAGAGCUUCCCUCCCAUCCAAGAUCCAAUCCGUGCUAAACGUUUUCUACGAACUUCUAGAAACAGAUAUUUUCCAUUCUUUUUAAUACUUUUCUCUUUUAGUCCCAGGAAUAUUCAGGAAACUUUUUUUUUUCAGCUUUUGUCACAUUUAUUUUGAACAAUUGUUUUUUUUCCUUCAAAGCCUUGCAACUUGGUAUAUCAAUGGUCCAGAUGAGCUUUUGCUAACUUCUCUCUUGUUCUGAAUAAUUGAGGAGAAUAUAAAAGAAGCUCCACUUUCAGUUCGAUCAUUGUAAAGCAUCAAAGUUAAGCCAUUUUUCAGGACUUUUUGACUUUUUUUGUAGGAUGACUAUAACAUACAUAGUGAUUAUCAGUUAAGAUAAAGUCAAGAUUUGGUCACAUUUGAUAGUAUUAACUCAUUUCUAUUUCUUGUAGUUCUAUUGAGAUCUAAGUUGUAUCUAUAUUUAGAUUUCUUUUAUCUUUUUUAUAUUUCUAAAUGUUUGUCUUAUGCACAGACCAAAUCUGAGAUCUCAGAAAGCUGUGAAAUAUAGUUGCCAUUAAGAGUAUUUUUUCAACUACUUGCUCAAAAGUUACCUAACUGUAUUACACUGAGCAUUUCUUUGCACAGUAAAGAGUUGCUAGCGUGUUUUGAAAUGACUUGUUCUAGUGGAAGGGUUACAUUAGGAGGAACAUCAUCAAUGAACAGUCACUCUUUCAACCCAUUGGACAAUAUAAUUUCUCAUUUCAGGCCACUUUGUUGGAAAUUUUCUGGUUUCAUGUAUAGGUUUUCACCAGCAGAGGGGAAAUUACCUCACCAUUGGCUUCUGGUGACAACAGUUAGGAUAUGAUUGUAAGACAGGGAUCCUAAGAUCCUUAUGAUCUCUUUCAGAUUAUUUAACCAAAUGCUCAGUUACACAAAAUGCCUUCUUUUUGCUUCGAUUACGUUUUGGAGAAUUGAAAGAUGUUUGAACGAAUCUAUCAAUCAAGUUGGUAACAUUUUUAGUAACAUUCCACACUCCGAAACCAAUUUAGCCUUUUUCGAACAAAAGAGGGCAUUUUCUACCCAUCUCUUGUAUGAGCUGGCUAGGAUAUGGUGUUUUUUCAAUGUCUGAAAAAAUUUGUCUUAAAUGGUUUGGAAAAAUGAACUAAAGCGGGUAAAGCUACAAUCUCUUCAGGAAAACAAACAGUAGUGUCUUGAGAAAAAUCUGGUGGCUAUAUUUCUUCCUAUCUAUCUUUCUUCCUACUCCUCUAGCAGAAAGAGGAAUUGAGAUGGAUCACUACUUAAAACUUGCACAGCUUCAAAAGAGAAUACCUCAACAUCAAAAGAGAAACAUUUCACGUACAAAAAAUAUAUAUAUUUUUUAAACACAGCCCUUUAGAAUACUGUUCUAUCCUAUAUGUAAAUUGAGGUUUUGCUCCAUAACUGAUUUGACAAAAUUGAUUUUUAUUCCAUGAUUAAACUAUCAAUAUAUUUAUUUCUUUGGGGAAAACCAAAGGACCGUGGUCCUCCUCUUUGUUCCAUGGAAUUACUAGGUCUUAACCGCCAUGCAUAACCUUCAGCUUUUGUUAUUAAAAUAUUUAAAUCAUCCAUUUUGUUAUCAACGUAGAAAAUCCGCAAGUAAUUGCUUAAUGAACUCAUGAAUGUGUCCGCUGAUAUAUGUGUUGGCAGAUACAUAUCUUUCUUUAAGUUUUCUUUCUUUUAAUUUUUCAUUGGAUAGAAGAUUAAGAAAAAAUACAUGAAAGACACAUUGGAAAUAAGUCAAGAUCAGGUUCUAUUUCUGAUAAGCAUCUUUAAAGAAUGUCAAAUUGGUAUGUGUUUUAGAUUUUAAGUUGUUUUCCAUUUAUGUUGGUGCUAAUGUAUUUCUUUUUCUUUAUGGAAAAUGCAAUUCUACUAUGGAUAAUUUCAUUUCUCUGUUUAAUAGCAUUCCUAAACUGUUAGUGUGUGAUUUUAAUUUUAAAGUUUAUGGAUUUACUAUAAUUAUGGUUCAAUGACCAGUCUUUCUUAAUGUAAAAGAAAACAAAACAGCGUACCCUUAGAUGAUGCGUGUUUAUUUGGAUGGUGAAUCCUCUUAUUUCAUGUUCAUUUCAUGUACCAUAUGCCUUUAUCACCUUUCAUCUUUUAGCUUAUAUAAUUUGAUCGAGUGACAGAACCAACAUUAGACAAGUCUGCAUACAUUCAUAGAGUACCUAACACAUAAAUAUGCUGAAAUUUUUCUUCUAGUUUUCAUUUUCAUUAUGAAAAGCAGUCAUGAAAGGUUUUUCUUUCUUAUUUGAUUUCAUAGAAAACAUGAGAAUAUCUUUAAUUUCUACCAAAAAUUAUCUGUUCUUAAACCCUGUGCAUGACGUUCUGAUGGGACAGUAAGAACUCCGAUUCACCCAGUAGUUCAAUCUAUAUAUGCUUUGUCUACAACAUAUAUAUAUAUAUAUAUAUAUAUAUACACCUCUCUGCUAGUUUGGAAAUAAUCAGCAUGAUCAAAUUAAUGGAAAAAUUAACUGGCAUCAUAUCUUUAUCACUUAGAAAACAUGCUUAAUUUUCCAAAGUUUUAUUUUUAAUGUUUCUGUUGUAGCAUAAAAAGUUAACACAAUAUUUCAUUCUUUUUUUUUUACCAUUAUAUAUAAUCUUGCCCAGAAAUAAGCAAUGCUUGUUAAGGUGGAUGAUAUUUUUAUGUCUCCUAAUAAAUGAUCAUAGGAACAUGCAGAUAUUGAUAUUUGAAAUCUUGUUUUUCUCUACUUCUUGAUAAUGAAUUUAUAUUAAUAGUUACUAUUACCAAAAAUGAACUUUAAAAUUUUUUACCAAAACAAACAAAAACCUUGCUAUCUCUAAAAAGUCAGGACUACAACAACUUAACCUUAUAUUCUCAAAAAUAAUGAUUAAGAACAGUCACUUGUGAUUCUGGCUGUUAAAACAAUUCAUUCCUAAUGGAAUUAACAUACUUGACCAGUUAUGAUUCAGCUAAGUUAUUUUAGAAUAUAAAGACCUUCAAUCCCUAAUCUUUUCCAUUUUUGUUGAAAUAGCUUCAUAUCAGCUGGAUUUACUAUAUGCCAUAGCAGAGAUACCCUUACAACUUAAAUUUUAAGUGGGUUUUGUUUUUGCUAAUUCAAUACUGAAAUAUUUUAAUGGCAUUUCUCAUUUUUUAAUGUAUUUAAAUGCAGAAGUUAUCCUAUGCUGCUUAUUGACAAAAUUGUCCUUUGGGGAAUAAGACUUUUUCAACCUGACCUUUUACAUUUGAUUUACUGAUAACAAAGUACCAACAUUUCUCAAAAUGCAGUGGAUUUUCUCAUAUAUAUCAGAAAUAUUAAUAAAUUGGAUUCACUAAAGAAUGUCUUACAUAUUAUUGACAUUUAUGUGAAUAUUCUUUAUACUGUUGUAAAUGUUUCAUGCAGUUUAAUAACAUUUUUAAAAGAUGUAUGUAUCUGAUUUUCCUUUAGAAAAUAUAUUUUUAUUUGUAUUUUUUACAUUUUAAAGUUCAUCUCUAUGUGCAGCUAUUUUUAUAUUGCCAAAAAAAAUCACAUAAAUACAAAAUGAGAGAAAAUGCAAAAAAAAAAUAUUUUGGCAAGCAUUACACUGCAUAUUUUUCUUAAUGUUUUGUGGGCCAGUCUCAUAUAAUUGAUUAUUCUAAGAAUGUGUUGUGUCUUACCACUGUAAAUAUGGCACAAACCUGUUUUUCUUGGUAGUGUAAAUAAUUGAAAGAUUGAAUUCUCCCUGUUUGAUUUCUUGUUUCAUUUCACUAUCAUUUCUCCAGCUGAGAUUACUGAAUCAAAAGACACAAAUGGUUUUUGAUUUGCAGCCUGGAGAUAACUGCCUUGUGUUCAGUUUCUAAUUUGUUUUUAUUUGCUUUUUUAACUUGUUUUCAGGGUUCCUAGUUUGUGAGAAGUUGAUCUUCAUAAUUAUUUUUACACUAUUUAUGACUUAUUUUCAUAAUGUAAAAAGUGUGUAAUUAUUACAAUAUUAAUCCAAACAUGGUCAUGAAUUGUAUUGUUAUAAAGCUUUAUUGAUGUUCACGAA